AUGUCUCAAGGCUCAAGACUUCAAGGCAAAGUUGCCGUCGUCACCGGUGGCGGCUCAGGCUUCGGAGCAGCAAUCGCACGACGCUUCAGCGAAGAAGGCGCGAAAGUCAUCGUCGCCGAUAUCAAUGUCGAGGGCGGCGAGAGUGUCGCCUCGCAGAACCCUGGCAACUUGAUCUUCCAGCGCAUGGACGUUACCCAAGAAGCAGACUGGAAUGCGGUUCUGGAUCUUGCCAUCUCCAAAUUCGGGCGUGUCGAUGUACUGGUGAACAAUGCUGGAACCAGUUAUCGGAAUAAGCCCACGGCGGAAGUCACAGAAGAUGAAUGGGAGCGUGUCUUCAAGGUCAAUGUGAAGAGCAUCUACUUCUCUGCGAAAACCUUCAUGCCGCGUUUCAUUGAGCAGGGGCAGGGUGGAUCUGUGAUCAAUAUCUCCUCUACGGGAGCUAGUCGCCCGCGGCCUGGAUUGGUCUGGUACAAUGCUUCCAAGGGAGCAGUUACAAAUGCUACCAAGGGCCUUGCUUCUGAGUACGGCCCCCAUAAUAUUCGAGUGAACAGUGUUGCCCCCCUCCUCUCUGGAACUGGUCUUUUUUCCAUGUUCACUGGGAUGGAAGACACCCCUGAGAACAGAGAGAAGUUUAUCGGAAACGUUCCGCUAGGUCGUCUCACUGAAGCAGAUGACAUUGCCAAUAUGGUUCUUUAUUUGGCCAGCGACGAGGGCCGGUUUAUCAAUGGCACUGAGAUGGUAGUCGACGGUGGAAAAUGUAUCUAA